AUGAAUUCUUCACAUACAAAGUAUGUUACAGUUUCUUCUCCACACACCUGCAACAUGAUUAAAAAACGUGUUCCUCAAAACAUACUCAUGCAACCAGAUUUUCACCCUGCAAACUGGAAAAGGCCAUCUGUAAGUGAAGGGGGCUUUGUCUCAAACCUGCACAACUCACAAGAGUCUGACUCUGAAAGCCUCAUUCAGGAGAGACACUGUCAGUUAGAACUCCAACGGCAGGUUCAUGAAAAUGAAGAGCUGGUGGGGCUGUAUUCUGAUGAGCUGGAGAGCGACAGCUUAGAAGAAGAUGACUUGGAGGAGAAGAGUUUAAAAGAACAAGAAGCAGCUGAGUGUGACACAAAUCGAUAUACAAAUGACGUCCAAAAGAAGGGAAGAGAACAACAGCCUGUGGACAAAUACUUCCACCUGAGAUACAAUCCUAACUGGAAGAAUAUAAAAGAAGUAGCAGAAUUUUCUGAGGCAGAAAAAACAUGUCAAGUUGCUGGAAGAAACAGUGAGGACUUUUCACAAGAUCCGUUUUACCUCCAUUCCAGUGGCUGCCCAGAAGAAAAGAAUCAACAGGAGGCAAAGUCACCAAAUCCAUCCUCAGAAUUUGGUACCGAAUUACCUAGCUUUCACGAACCAAUUGUUGUGAUCAGCAGCCAACCUUUUAGGCUACAUACCAAAGGGAAGGAAGCUGCAGACGACUGUCAUUUCAAAGACAGCCCCAGUACACACGACAAUGCUUUUUCUCUUCGGAUUCAAGAUCGACCACAAAGAGCAAAAAAAGACUUUGUGAAAAAAAAUAAACAGACUUUAGGAUUACGUUCAGAGAAGAUCAAUUCCUAUCUUCAGUUACACAGUAAAAAGCAAGAUGAAGUUCAAGAGCAGGUUACAGAUCCUGAGACUGUUGAUGAGGAGCCAGUUCAGGGUGUCCAGCCAUUACAAACUGUGAAAAUGGAGCCUGAAGAGAAAUGGUACCUGAAAGCACAGCAGCUCAAGGAUCAUCAAAAUAAGUCCUCCCAGAGAAAGAAAAUCAAAUCCAACCAGACUCUCAAAGGGAGAGCUUUCCCAAGGAAUGUUAGCCAGCAGCCACCAGGAAGACCAGCAGAACCACAGUCUUGGCAUCUCAGACACCACCAAAUAUCAGAAUUUCAGACUGCUCCCAUGCAGGCAGUGGAGCAAGACAGCACACUGUAUCCAAGUCCUUCUGUUGGCCCAGACACUGGUACAGCAGCAAAUCCAGAUACUUGCUUAAAUAAUUUCCCAAAUUCAAGGCAUUUCAUUAAUCAGGAUUACACCAGCAAGGAGAACAAGAAAUAUCAACAUGAUUCUCCAAAUAGACUUCUACAUGACCAGCAACGUUUGUACAACCAUGUAACUAUGCAGCUUUUUGCAAGAGGUGACAGUCAAGCACAUCCAAAUGAGAGGAAUGUUUCAUCUACUCUUAAAGCCAACUUUCAGGCAUUGGUGAAGGAUCAAGUAUUAUUUCAGGAUUGCAGGAGACACGUUCAUGCAAGUAACAGUCUUGUAGCUUUUUUGAGGUCUUCUCAAUCUUCUGUUCACAGCUCACUGACAGCCCCUUGUACAACCUCCCAAUUUACACGGCCGGUGGCGCGACAUCACCAAGAAGACCCUUAUUUGGCAGAAGCUGACUUUUUCAGCCUACUUCCACCUAUAAUCCCCCAGGUAGGAAGUGAUUCAGAGGUAGAUCCAGAGAGUGGUCAAGGAACUCAAGUGAAAAUAAGCCGAAGCAACUCAGAAGGAUAUCUUGUGCAAACAGAAAAGCAAAAGCAGCCUAAAGUCGGCAAGAAGACACGCAGCUCAAAAGCCUAUGUAGAUCUGAAUGUGAAACUUGGAGGCCUUGGACCUGACUAUGAAUCAAUCAGAGAGAAAAAAGAGAAGUUAAAGCAGCAAAGGGAAUAUGCAAAGCAAGUUAAGGAACACAAUAUGAAAACCAUUGCUCCAGUUCAUAGAUUGCCUACAAAACCUCAGGUUGUAUCUUCAAUGUCAAGACAGAAGGCACUGGAAUAUGCUAAGAAGAUUCCCAAACCAAAGAUUUUCAUGUCAAGACAAUCAGAUGAAGAGGUGAAAGAGGAAAGAGUUCUGCCACAGACUUUUAAUGGAGCCAGUUUACCUCGAAUCCCAUCCUUGGAAACUUUGCAAAAUAGACACGAGAAGGAGAAGCAAGUUGUAGCUGCUUUCAGAACCCUUCAUAUCUUAUAA